AUGGGUAACGGGUCUUCCAAAAAGGCCGAAAAUGGCAUCCCCGACCACACGCAUAAAGUCGGGUCAGACGUCACGCCGAGUCGCCCGAAAAGUUUGAAAGCCAAGAAAAAAGAAACACCCAAGGGGCAGUCCGACGAUGCAGCUACGCCGAAACGGAAACGAAAAUCCAGCAAACAUGACAAGUCGGCCGUCGCGCCGUCAUCGCCGCCAGCCGAAGAGGAACCUAGGCCUUCGAAGCGCAAGAAGCUCACCGACUCGCCUAUGGAUAGCACUGAGGAUGGUCGCAAAGCAGAAAAAGCAUCUACCGCCGUGAUUGAUAAUUCGCCAGUCAAAGCUCAAGUCAAUGGUAGCCCUUCGACCAAGCCAUCGAAUGACACCACCAUACCGCAGGUGUCUGUUAACAAAGGCAAGAGAAAACAAAGCGGAAAAGGGCUUACAGGCUUUUUCACGCAAGACGAAGUUCAGGCUCUGGAGAGUUUCAAGUUGGAGUUCUGCAACUCCCAUGGCCUUCCGGCGCAUGCGUUUGACGCGAUGGUCCAACAUUCCGAACGAGAAAAGGGCAUUGACUUCCCUUGUGAUUCGUCUAUCACCAUGAAACCCGAAUUCUGGAAGACAAUUUACGAAAUUCUUCCUGACCGGGAUAGGAGAUCAGUGUACCGCUUCAUGAGGCGCCACUUCCAAAACUCUGACGUGAAACCCCAUCAUUGGAGUCACGAACAAGAUGAGGAACUCAUUCAGCUCGUUGCACGGUAUGGCUUCAAAUUCGCCCAGAUAGCUAAAGAGUUAGGCCGGAGUGACGACGAUGUUGUCCAGAGAUGGAAGAACCGCUUGGAGCAUAGAACUACGAUGAACCGAGGCGCAUGGUCGGAGGAGGAAAUUCGCUCGCUGCAGAACGCCUUGCAGACUGUAUGGAAAAACAUGAAGGAAAAGGGCCAUGAAGUGGGCCGGGAUAUCUAUGAGAUGGACGAGACGCUCAUAUCCUGGGGGCAUAUCAGCAAUAAAAUCGGAAAUUGUCGUUCCAGACAGCAAUGCGCAGAUAAAUGGCGCAAGGCCAGGAAAAAGGUUCAGCAACUGCGCGACAAAGGGCACCCAGAUGCUGUUUUUGACCCCGUCAAGGAGUCAAAGAACAGCAGACAGAGGUCGCGGCCGCCCACUCCAACUCCGGCGCCUCCUCCAAAAAGCGACAAAUAUGUUUAUUCAGACGAUUCAGAUGUAGAUGAAGCCGUGCAGCAGCAUGAAAAGGAGGAGAAACCAGGCAAAACGUCCAAACAGGAUUCCAGCUCAAGCGACAAAUCCUCAUCUUCCGACUCCGAAUCACAAUCAACGGAGGAGUCAAGCCCUGGCGAUACAACUCAAGAUGUGAAAUCUAAGGCAAAGCGGAACAAACGCUUCACGGUCAAAGACCAGCUACAAGCUACAGAGAGCAAGAAAAUUACCAAUACUACCCCGCAGAAGAGAAAACAGUCAACAUCAACAUCCUCCACAUCAGAUUCUGAAGAUAGCGACUCGAGCACAGGCUCUGAUGUGCCCGCACACCCACAGAAUUCGACGAACAUCAAGCCAAAGAUAUCACCAGUAGCUCCGAAGAGCAAGGACAAGAACGAAGAGAGCUCUUCCGAAGAUGACUCGAGCGAUCCAUCCGAUGAUGGAAGUAGUGAAAGUGAUGCGGAGUCUGAGAGCGAAAGUGACGUGACCAGCUCAAGUGGCAACGAGAAAAGAAAGUCACCGAAGAAGGCCUCAAACAACAUCAAGCAGCAACCCGAGGAAUCCUCGUCAGAGGAUGAAAGUGAAAGUGAGGAUUCCGACUCGUCCGAAUCAGAGUCGCCCCCAGCGCCCAAGUCCAGCAAGUCUAAGCAAAAGAGCACCAAGGAAGCGGGCGCUUUGAAACGACGCCGUCUCGCAGAGCUUUCCUCAACGUCUACUUCGGCUCGUUCGUCGGCUUCCCGAGAUAUCAAAAUGGAGGGUGCUAGCGACUAG